GUGCUUACCGUAAAAUGCUGUGAAUGAGCGCAGUAACAACCGCCAGCCUUUCCUGACUGCGCAGCGCAGACUGAAUUGUGUCGCACGAUUCCAGGAUUCCCGCAUCACUGUGCGCCUGCAGCGUCACAAGAUGAGUCCUGCCUCACGAUGCGUGUGACUGUGGGUUUGUUAUUUGGCCUCCAUCACUGUAAGGGUGGAAGUGACACAUCCGCACCGUGUGACAGCUUCUCCGUGGACGCUGAAGGUUGACGGGGUCUGCUGAGGAUGCGCCCCGAGCGCACAGUUGAUCUGUGUGGAUGACGGGCUCCUCGGGGCCGCUUCAGCUCCUGGUUCAGCGCGGAAAGGAUUAUUUGUUUUUAUACACCUGGAGGAGAAAUGGGGAGCACGACCUCCUGCUGCGUAUCUGGCAGCCCCAAGCUGCGGAGAAAUGCCCACUCCAGGCUGGAGCCGUACCACCAGGAGUCGGAUCUGAGCAGGGAGGAGACGGCGUGCAACCUCCAGCACAUCAGCGACAGGGAAAACAUCGACGAGUUGAACAUGGAGUACAACCCAUCAGACCAUCCUCGGGCCAGCACUAUAUUCUUGAGCAAAUCUCAUAAUGACGAUGUGAUUUACAGGAAUGUGCGAGAAAAACGAAAGAGCCAAUUCAUCAAUAAUCAUGGCAGUCUGAGGAGAAAAUACAGCUCCUGCUCAACCAUCUUCCUGGACGACAACACAGUCAGCCAGCCCAACCUCAAAUACACCAUCAAAUGUGUUGCUUUAGCGAUUUACUACCAUAUAAAAAACAGAGACACAAAUGGAGGCAUGCUGCUGGAUAUCUUUGAUGAAAAGCUUCAUCCUCUCUCAAAAACAGAGGUUCCGCUGGACUACAACCAGCAUGACCCGGAGCAGAAGCAGAUCUACCGCUUCGUCAGAACCCUGUUCAGCGCUGCUCAGCUCACAGCUGAAUGUGCCAUCGUCACACUGGUGUACCUGGAGAGACUGCUCACUUAUGCAGAGAUUGAUAUCUGUCCUGGAAACUGGAAAAGGAUUGUUCUGGGCGCCAUUCUGCUCGCCUCAAAGGUCUGGGAUGACCAAGCUGUCUGGAACGUCGACUACUGUCAGAUCCUCAAGGACAUAACUGUGGAAGACAUGAAUGAACUGGAGCGCCAGUUUCUGGAACUGCUACAGUUCAACAUCAACGUUCCAUCUAGCGUCUACGCCAAGUACUACUUUGACCUGCGAUCGCUCUCAGAGUCCAACAACCUGAGCUUCCCGCUGGAGCCGCUCAGCAGGGAAAAGGCCCAGAAGUUGGAGGCCAUUUCCAGACUAUGUGACGACAAAUACAAAGACAUCCGGAGAGCAGCCAGGAAACGCUCGGCCAGCAUGGACAACCUGUGUGGGAGACGAUGGGUUCCUGCAAUCCUCUCCUAACCACUGAUCACCGUCCAGGAGCCUCGUGGAACUGACUGGACCACAUGCGUCAAACCUUUUGGCUCCUUUGGAUCCUCAGUCCAGAACUUGAUGGAACAUCAGCACCAGCUGGUGAAGGUCACACCUUAAAAAGUGGAUCUAUGUGCAACAUGAACACUGGAUUUGGAAGAUAAGACUCCAGAGAAGUUUCUACCUAAACACGAUGCCUUCGUAGUGCCUCGACUUGUCUACUGACUGGGAAAAUGCAGGAAUUUUGGAGUUUUCUUUCACCUGUGAAAAGACGAAAAGCUUUGGACCAAGUCCUGGGUGAGGAGACGCCUUGAGACGUUUCAGGACAUGAGUUUGUGAAACAUCUGCUCAUGUUUCUAGGCUUCUCCUGCAUUUGUCUUAAGAUAUACGUCUAAUACGAUCUUUUAUUCAGACAACUGUACAAAGAUUAUCAUUUAUUUUGCUCUACAAUUCAAACAUUAGCCUAGUAUGGAGCUUUUUACUUAUUUAUUUCCUUUUGAUAGUACUCCAAACAAUGAGUACCUUCUGGAAGGUUUACAGUAGUUCUGGUGUACCUCUUAAUACUCAGGUAGAACAUUAAAUAUGUCGAUUCCCUGUGAUGCUCCAUAUUUUAAAUAUAAGGACGGGAACAUUUUGAAGUAGCUCAGACUGUACAUAGAAGAUGCCAGGAAUAAUAAAAUUAGUAAUAAUGUUCAUUCAGACAUGAGUGACAGUUUGUUCUUUUGGGGUCAAUUUCAGUUAAGCAAUAGCAGGAAAGUUUUUUUUCUAAAUAGUAUUUAUAACAUAAAAUUUAUCUUUUCCCCCCAAUUAUCAGUAUUACUAUGAUCUUCAUGUCAAUUUUAACAUGUUUUUCACAGUGGACUACAGGACACCUCACUCUUAUUUGCUUCAUUAAGUAUUAAUGUUAAUACUUAAUAUUAAAAGUAAAACCAUUUUGUCGGGACUCUUUGUGUCCAUAAAGAUCUUUCUGUUACGUUUUCUCUCUGGAAGAAAAAUGAGGACAGCUUCAGUUCAGAUCUAAAGAACUUCUCUCUGUGAGGUUAUAAAAAUGUCUUACCAGAAAAAAAUGACAUUUUUCUUGAGCUAUAAAUUUGCUUAGCAACUCCUUUUCAGAUCAAAUAAUAUCUAAUUUGAUUUAUUUUGUGAAAUUUUCUCAAAGGCUUGAUUCUGUGCCGACAGGUCAGCUGAUACUUUGGAUGUUGAAAAGUUAACUUUAGCUCACAUUUUCUUUAAAGACAAUUCAGAUUUUUUUGAAGUAAGGCGUUAACAUGGAGAAUUAUAGAGACGCCUAAUUUUAUUGAGGUCCGUUUAAGAGAAAAUGUCUACCAUUGAAAUAACCCAAAUGUUUUUAGUUGAUAAUGUUGUGAAUUUUUCAUAUUGUUAUAUUUCUGCAUCAGACAGUUAUGCUGACUGCUUAUGCAGAGCUAAACUUAUUGUUGCCACAGACAAAUUAGCAACUUAGCUGCGUUUUAUUUGUGCAACAAAGAAAAAAGUGAACAUAAAUUAUUAAGAAUUUAUGAGAAUUGAAUUCCUGUUCCAGAAUUUCUGUUAAAGAUAUUCAUAAAGCUCAACAAAACCUAAAAUUAAAAACAACAACAACAACAAAAAAACAAAAACAAAAAAGAACUUUUGAUGUAAUAGAAACUUUCAUGAAAGAAAUGAUCAAAUUUGGUGACGUCAUAAAGUUGAGGAAGAUGAACCUCAACAACAAAUUGCACAGUAAACAAAUCAGCAGCAUUUUUUUCUAGCCUUUUGUUUUAUUUUUGUUUAUGUUACUGCAGUCCUCAAAUAACCAAUGAAACAUAAAACAUCUUUUUAAAGCAACUCGAAACUCCAAUGAAACAUUUGACAGGAGAAAAAAAAACAUUAGAAGAGGAACAAGAGUAAUCCGAGGAAUUUAUUUUUAUUUAUUCAGUAUUACAUGCUAUACCUCCAAUUCAUUUGAACAGUUUCCAGUCUUUGCUCAGUGACUCUUAUCAUCUGUUACAUUAAAAAUAAGUUUUACUGACAGUUAAUGGAUUCCUGUUUUUACCGCCGGGUGAGAGAAAUAUAUUUUUGUUCUAAAACCUCAACAAAUGGUGCAAACAAAACUGUUUCCUGUUUUACAUGGUUAAACAAAACGAUCAUAAUUUUUUUUUUUUUUUACAAAAAAAGGAAAUAAAAUUUCAUAAACUGUAGCAACCAAAGACUUUUCUUUAUCGGAUAUAAUUUAGACCCUUUUGAGACAUCAAAUGUACUUUUUCCCCCAGAAAAACAAACACCUUCAUACUGUGUUAAAUUAUCCAUACUGUCAGCAUUAAGCAACAUUUUUGUGUUCAAUUAGCACAAAUAUAUAUUGUUUCUUUUGAAUUAGUCUGAUUAUUAAGCUAGUAAUGCAUUUAUUUAUUUUAUGACUUAUCUUUGUACAGUUUAUAAAGAGUACAGAUUCUCAGAAAAGGUUGUUGUAAAUUAUUUAUGGUUUUGUUGAUUUGUGUUUUGUAAUAAAAGAAGAUACUCUUGUUUAGUAAAUGUGAGUCAUUGAUGCUGAUUUGUGCAUUUUUAACAACUUUAGGACCAGACAGCCUGUGUUUGUUUUACAAAGCAUUUUUCUAUUAUUUUUCAGUUCCUAUACAUAUUGCUUAUUAUACAUGCAAAAAAGUAAAAUUGUUGCUAGUUUAACGUGGAACGACUUUUCAAACAAUUUGAAGUCUAACAUGCUACAAAAAAGUCAAGGUUAUUCCAGGAAAACAUUUCCUGUCAAAGAGAAAACAGAAGAAGAACCCAAAGCUCAGACUUUGAAGUCUUAACGUGUGAAAUGUUGAAGGUCAUUGUGGGAUUAUUUUAAAAACAUUACAUGCAUACUCUGCAGCUUUACCUCAAGAAUUAUCAGAAAGAAACCUCUCUACUAAAGCCAAGUUGCAAUUCAGAUUCUUAGUUAUCUGAAUACGUAUGUGUGAAAACACUCCACCAGUAAAGUAAUGAUUUCCAGAACAAAGUGUUAACGGUCAACAAUAUUUUGUUGUGCUGGUUUCUUUACUUUCAUCUGUAAAGUAUCUGACAGUUGCGGCUCAUCCAAAAUUUCAGCUUCUCUUUUUGUAAAUUUUGCAAUUAGAAAAAACAGUGACAGAGUCAAAUCAGUCAGCUGGCUGAAAAAUAAUAAUAAAAAAGAUUUAAAGGUGUGUUCAGUAAUGAAAUGUUUUGAUCGGCAGGAAUGUUUGUUUGGUUUGUAGAUUGGAGAGCGGUUUGACAGUACAGCAGCCUCUCUGCUCAGCUGUUGUCUGGAUAACUGAAUGUCUGCUGCAACAGACACCCUGACCUGACCUUUGACCUUUCACAUGACCACCUGAAGACCCCGAGAUGGACAGAUUCAGGUCAGAAAGGCUCAAAUUACACAAAGACUUCUUCCUUCUAGGAUUUAUCCUCAGCUUAGCAUAAAAGCAGACCUUUGCCUUUUGACUUAUGAAUGUCAGAAAGUAAUCGACGGAGGAUUAUUAAAAGGAUCACAUUACUACAAGUUAAUUUAUGAAGAAGAGUUUUCUUAAUUUAGGCAUCAGUCGGUGUCCACUUUUCUUUAACCUCCCCAAAAAACAAUUAUUUUUAUUUUUUCACACUGAGAAACAAACAAGCACUUUGUGUUAAAGUGAGACGUCUUGUUUGCACACAAACUUUGUUCUUGUUCCUUUUCUGUCAGCCACUUGGAGGUAAAGCAAACAGUGUUGUGUAUACUGUUACUUUAAAUCAUUUGAAAUGCACAAGCAUAUAUUUAUUCUUCCUUUAAGUAUUGGUAUCAAAAACUUUUUGUUGUGAAAAAAUACAUUUGGAAAUGUC